AUGGCCGUUUCGACAGCCUCAGUGCAAGCCUUCGCUGCUUCUUUGCCUAACAAUGCGGUCCCUGAGUCAAAAUCAAGUACCAACUUCUAUGCACGCACUGCAAAUGAAAAAUUACGGACCACCAUCCGUACUCGAGUAC